AACUAUUUCCCUUCACAUUUGGGGAGAGAAACAAAGGCAAAUAAAUUCUAACCAGGAGGGCGCUUCUUUUUUUUUUUUUUAAUUAAUUAUAUUAUAUUUGUAGCCAACAAGGAGGAGGGUUUGCUUGCACGUUAACAAGAAUAGAAAAGCCUCUCAUUUCGCCUGCCCUGUUUCACUCCUCUUUGAGUCUUAACUAAACAAAAGCACCCUCAGGCCACAGCUGUCUUCUUCUCCUCUAGCAUUUUUUCCUUCUUGUUCUUGUUUUUCUAAAUGGCAGAAGAGAAGAAGGCCCAAGCUGCUGGCAUUUGGCCAAAGGUUAAACCUUUUGUCAAUGGUGGUGCCUCUGGAAUGCUGGCCACCUGUGUCAUCCAACCCAUCGACAUGAUCAAGGUGAGAAUCCAAUUGGGUCAGGGAUCGGCAGCAACUGUCACCAAAAACAUGCUUAGAGAGGAGGGCGUUGGUGCCUUUUACAAGGGGCUAUCAGCUGGACUGCUCAGGCAAGCUACAUACACUACUGCUCGACUGGGAUCAUUCAAAAUGUUGACAAACAAAGCAAUUGAAGCCAAUGAUGGGAAGCCCUUACCUCUAUAUCAGAAGGCUGUAUGUGGUCUGACUGCUGGUGCUAUUGGAGCUUGUGUUGGCAGCCCAGCUGAUUUGGCACUUAUCCGGAUGCAGGCUGAUGCCACUUUGCCUGCUGCUCAGCGCAGAAAUUACUCAAAUGCAUUCCAUGCUCUCUAUCGUAUUGUUGCAGAUGAAGGGGUUUUGGCACUUUGGAAAGGUGCAGGCCCUACUGUAGUCAGAGCCAUGGCUUUGAACAUGGGAAUGCUUGCAUCUUAUGAUCAAAGUGUUGAAUUUUUCAAAGAUUCCCUUGGCUUAGGAGAAGCUGCUACAGUGCUAGGUGCAAGUACCGUUUCAGGGUUCUUUGCUUCAGCUUGCAGUUUACCUUUUGAUUAUGUCAAAACACAAAUUCAGAAAAUGCAACCUGAUGCUGAGGGAAAGUAUCCAUACAGUGGCUCUUUGGAUUGUGCUAUGAAAACCCUCAAAUCUGGAGGACUAUUCAAAUUUUACACAGGAUUCCCUGUAUAUUGUGUUAGAAUUGCUCCACAUGUCAUGAUGACUUGGAUAUUCCUCAACCAGAUUCAGAAGGCACAGAAAAAAAUAGGGUUGUAGAGUUCUCAGAGAUGGGGAUUAAUGUUGUAGCCCCUGUAUCUAAUAAAAUCUUUUUAUUUUUGGCUUUGGUGUGUUCUUUCUGCUGAUCUGGAAAAUUCACACACCCUCAAAGCCGAACCAUUUGGUUUACAAUUUUUCAAGUGCAUUUUUGAAGUAGGAUCUUCAAAGUUGUCUUAUUUUCUGCCACUAAAUUUUAGGGUGUGACUGAUACAGGAAUUUAGAAGUACCAUUCGAAUCUUGAGACUGAGAGUUACUGAUUUCAAAAGUUCACAAGGAACUUAUACUUUUUAAGCAAAAUAAAUGUACUCUAUGAACUGGUAUUUGGGAAUUUGGUAUGAUAACCAAGUUCAAGGCUUUGAAUCUUUAUAUUUCACAUUUCCAUUUCUUAUUUUCUUGAACAGUCGAGGUUCUUGACGAAUGUUGGUAUCUUGCAGUAUUAUAGCUGACCUUUAAUUAUCAUUCUCUAGUUGUGCAUUCGGUCAGGAUCCUGUGUGGUUUUGUAUUAUUAUUAUUUGGGGAGUAUGGAUUUAAAUCCUUGUUCUCUCAUUGCCCUUGGUUGCUACUAGUUUUUCGUAGUAGGAAUUAGGAAGUGCCUCCAAUAUCUUGUUGUCACUGUUUCAUGAACCUAUUUGAAUGUCCAAACCAACCAUUUCAA